AUGUCCGUCACCGUCGUCCUCGGCGCCCAAUGGGGCGACGAAGGUAAGGGCAAGCUCGCCGACAUUCUCGCGCACGAAUCGCAAAUCUGCUGCCGCGCUCAGGGUGGUAACAACGCCGGACACACCAUCGUCGCAAACGGUGUCACGUACGAUUUUCAUAUUCUCCCGAGUGGUUUGGUGAACCCAGGCUGCAUCAAUGUCAUUGGAAGUGGCUGUGUGGUACAUGUGCCGAGUUUCUUCAAGGAACUCGAGGCGCUAGAAAAGCAUGGGUUGAAGACGGACGGCAGGAUAUUCAUUUCGGAUCGCGCACACGUCGUGUUUGAUGUGCACCAAAUGGUGGAUGGCCUAGAAGAGGUGGAACUUGCUGGUGGCUUCAUUGGUACAACCGGCAAGGGCAUCGGCCCAACAUACAGCACCAAGAUGACUAGAAGCGGCCUGCGCAUGUGCGACUUGUUCGACGAGAAGAUUUUUGAGGCGAAGCUCAGGAGGAUAGCCAUGGGAUACCAGAAGCGAUUUGGUGAUUUGCUCAAGUACGACGUGGAUGAUGAAAUUGCCAGGUACAAGGACCUUCGCGGCAAACUCGCUCCCUACGUGGUCGAUCAAAUCCCGCUCCUAGCAUCGGCAAAGGAGAAGAAUGCCAAGAUCCUGGUAGAAGGCGCAAAUGCGUUAAUGCUAGACAUCGAUUACGGAACUUAUCCUUUCGUUACAUCGUCAAAUACAGGUCUGGGAGGUGUCAUUACAGGUCUCAACUUGGGAUGGCGGUCACUGAGGGAAGUCAUUGGAGUAGUAAAGGCCUACACGACUCGUGUCGGAUCUGGACCCUUUCCCACUGAGCAACUCAACGAAAUAGGCGAAAAGAUGCAAUCAGUAGGCCACGAGGUCGGUGUAACAACCGGCCGCAAGCGCCGCUGUGGCUGGCUCGACUUAGUCGUAGUCAAGCACUCACACGCGUGCAACGACUACACAGCUAUCAAUUUAACCAAGCUCGAUAUUUUGGACGACUUUGACGAGCUCAAGGUAGCGACAUCGUACUCCUACAAUGGCGAAACACUUGAAGGCUUCCCCGCGAAUCCCGAAAUACUUGCGCAAGUCGAGGUACAGUAUGAUACGCUGCCAGGUUGGAAGAAGCCAACAACGGGGGUAACAAAUUACUACGACUUGGCGAGCCAAGCGAGGAGUUACAUUGAAUACAUUGAGAAGUUUGUCGGCGUCAAAGUCAAAUGGAUUGGUGUCGGGCCUGCGCGCGACCACAUGAUUACUAGGUCCUAGGGCUGGUUAUGAGGAGUAUUUCCUAGUACGUAUGGGAAAUAAGCCUUCAAAAAGAUAGAACUGGAAGGUAGAUUAAUGCAAGCCCGUUUGGACAGGCAAAGCAUACUCAAUGGAGUGGUAGCGUCAUCA